AUGGCUCUUGAGGGGCAGUCGUUUUUGUUGUCGAACGAGGCUAUUCAGCACUUGAAACGACUCGAAAAAUUAGUUGUAACCAAUUCUAAUCUUCUUCACUUACCUGACAAGUUAUUGUGUAACUUAAAGAAUCUACAGGUUCUGAACGUAUCAUCUAAUUGGAUCUCUACACUACCAUUCGCUGCUUCUGAAUGUAUGGCCAAUCAGCUAAUAAUAGCAGACUUUUCUUACAAUCGACUAGAAACUCUUGGCGAAGGUCUUCAUGCGCUGCCAUCUAUUCGACAACUCUCUCUCUCGUACAAUCGUUUGUCUUCAAUACCGAAGCAAUCGUUGUUCAAAUGUCCACUGCUGCAACAGCUCGAACUAAACAACAACGCACUUGAAGUGAUCGAGGAUUUACCUGAUACGCUAAUUCAUAUUAAUCUUGCGGCAAAUCAGCUCACAGUUAUUCCUGGUUCUGUCGCUGUUCUUCCUCACCUUGUCUCGCUGAAUUUGUCGCACAAUUUUAUUGAUGAGAGUUCUCGGACAGUAUGCGUUUCUGAUGUGCUGGAAUUUCUGGACCUGUCAUGGAAUCGCAUAAAAGUAUUGCCUACGCGACUUUUUCCGCAUUCCACAUCGACACUGGUACAUCUUCACUUAGAGUCAAACGUCAUUGCAGAUUUGGAGCCGUUUGAGUUGAUGAAUUACACACGGCUCCAGACAUUGAACGUGGCGUCGAAUAGGCUGGGACAAUUGCGAGAUGAUGUGUUCGCUGGAGUUUACGAGCUAAAUGCUCUUCUUUUGUCUAAUAAUUCAAUCCAAACAGUGGAAUCAGCAGUUUUUGCAGAACUUUCCCUAGAAAGCUUAGCUGACGCGUUGUCCCAAGCUUCAGCCGUCCGACGACUGGACAUUUCUCGGAAUCGCCUUGAAUUUUUGCAAUGGACUGAACUCCCGCCUCGUUUGGAAUAUCUGGUUGCAGACUUAAAUAUGAUAUCUCUUUUGGGAGCUGCAAGAACAUCAAAAGGAAAUCGCAUCGAGCAAAUCGCAGCCGAUCAGCUUCCGGACACUCUGGAGUUGUUGAAUUUGUCGGAAAAUCGUUUGCAACAUAUCGCAGUGGCAACGUUUUCCAUGAAGACAGCGAUGCGAUCGCUAGACCUGAGUGAUAACCAACUAUCUCAGCUAUCUGAAGAGUCCUUGAUUACUGGUGGUGUGAACAGUAUUGACGUCGAUCUGAGAGGCAAUUCACUGCAGUGUAGUUGCGAGCUUCAUUGGAUAAAGAAGCCAGAAACUGUCAGAAGAAAAGUAAAUGUAAUUAGCAUGUCUGAAACUUUCUGCACUCAUACUUUCAUCGGCAAAGUAAUUCCGUUAGAUAAAGUGGACUCGAAAGAUCUUCUUUGCGAUUAUUCACAAGUAUGUGAGCCUGACUGUGUCUGCUGUCAAUUUGGAAACUGCGAUUGUAAAGCGGUGUGCCCGACUGGAUGUGCUUGUUUUCGUGAUGCUUCAUUCGAGACCAACAUUGUUCGUUGUGAAAAUCUAACAGAAGGAGAGAUGCAGGAUUUUACUCCGUCUGCAGUUCCAAUAUCUGCAACCCACGUUUAUAUUUCGGGAAUUUCUCUGCCCAUUUUGAAGAGUCACUCCUUUCUUGGUAGGCCACGUCUUGAAUAUCUCCAUAUCAAUGCUUCUGGAAUCCGUGGAAUACAAGCAAAAGCAUUUAAUACUCUGCCUAAACUUAAAUGGACAACAUUCCAGCUGCUCGAUUUAUCGGAAAACGACUUGGUCCGUCUCUCUGGAGAUGAAUUCCAUAAAACCGCAUCUAUUUCUCAUCUUUUCCUUAACGGAAACCACCUACAGACUGUGGAAAGAGGGCUUACGGAUAAGCUUUCCGCUCUAAAGACGGUGACCCUGCACAAUAACAAGCUAACCGAUAUAUCGCCGGGACUAGCCUCAUCUGACGUGCGUUCUUUAUCGUUGUCGGGAAACGCAUUCCGCUGUGAUUGUAGUUCACGAUUUUCUGCUCCGAUGUGGAUGCAUCGGAAUCGUGACAAAAUCGUUGAUAUGGAUAGGGUACAUUGCGUGGAGAACGUAACCGAAGCUUUUCGUAACAACGACACCACGGUUUUAUCCGCUUACCCACCAAAUGUUGGACACGAUAUUUUCACCAUGUCUAUGAACGAAUUUCUUCGCGACUUCAAUCGCACUAUCUGUGCACCGCUUUCCUCGGGCUUUUUCGGGCAAGAACCGCAAAAUUCCAUCCUCGCAGUUGUCUUCCUCACUUCGUGUGCAUUUCUACUUUGUGCUAUGAUAUUUUUGGGAGUCACUUUAGUGAGGAAAGCUCACAACGAUAUGAGCCAAAAAAGAUACAAAGCCUCGUCUUCCCUGAAUUGUUCAUCAACGCCAGGGUCUUCUCCACUGCCUGUCCCGUUAUUGAAUUUUGAUGCCUUUGUUAGUUACUCAAAAAAAGACGAAAAAAUGGUUUUGGAACAACUUUGCCGACCUUUGGAAGAUGAGGAAUACGCACUGUGCUUACUUCAUCGCGAUGGUCCUGCUUAUCACUCGCGUCUGCAUGCCAUUUCGGACGAAUUGAUUUCACAGAUGGAAGCAUCACAAUGUCUCGUUAUUAUACUUACGAAGAAUUUCCUAGAGAGCGAGUGGAAAACUUUGCAAGUGAAGACUUCACAUCAGUUGUUUGCAAAAAACCGUGGGAAACGGGUUAUCGCUGUUCUGGGUGAUGGUGUCGAUCAGAAUCUGCUUGAUGAUGAAUUAGGACAAAUUUUACGGAAGAACACGUGUAUACGGCAAAGGGAUCACUUGUUCUGGCAAUUGCUGCGUAGCGCCUUGCCGGCUCGACUGUCAAGUAUACCUGGAAAUGGGGACGAUACGUCCCAAAUCUAUUCGGAUAUGUACGGAAUAGUGCCAUCGGCGGUGAUUUGA